CACUGGCCAAGCUAACAACUGUACUGUCAGUACGAUCGCUAAUUGAAGUUAUGAUUAAUUAAUUAAAUAUAAUUUGGGUUUAUGAAGCAACAGGAGUAAGUACUGUUUUUUUAUAUUUUGUGUACGUUCUGGAGCCGUCGUGGGAUGCUUAGUUGUAGUUAUAUACGCAAACAAUGGCGGAAAUAAGCUGAUCUUCAGUCCUGUUUUUCCUACUCACUGACCGCAAAACAUUAACAGAUGCCAUCAAGAAACCAUCUUGAGAAAGUUGGAAGAAAGAAGAAGAAGAAAUGGACAGAGGAGGCUAUGGAACGUGCACUGAUUGAGGUGAAGUCUCGUAGAUGCACUGUAAGACAGGCUGCAAAGCAGUUUGGCGUCCCAAAGUCAUCCCUGGGUGACCGGGUCAGUGGACGAGUGACACCGGGUAGCCGCAGCGGUCCUGCUCAGCUUAUAACAUCCUCUGAUGAGGAACUGUUGGUGGAGUUCUCUUUAUACAUGUCCAAGCAUGGGUUCCCACUUACUAAGCAGCAGCUGGUGUCUUUUGCAUCUUCCAUUUACAAGCGUCAACACAGGAGGGUCGCCUUUUCUAAUCUGGGCCAAACCUGGUGGCUCAAUUUUAGAAAACGACAAGAAAAGAAUAUUAGCAUUCAACUCGCUGAUGGUAUCAUCCGUGGGCGAACAGUUCAUGUCAGGAAAGAAACAGUGGAUCAUUUUUUCCACUUGUUGGAAACUGUGGUGGAAGCUCAUGCAUUAGGAGACAAGCCUCGCCAGAUGUGGACCUGCAGCGAGAUGGAUUUUCAUCUGGCUCGUAAAAGGGUGCUUCUUCACAAAUCAACACCAACGUCCAGGGACUACAUCUCUGUCCUGGCUUGCUUUAAUGCCGCCGGGAAGGACAUUCCCCCGUUUAUUGUCUUUUCCAAAGCAUACCCAGGAGGGGUUUGUUACAAGACACAAGGACCACCACACGCCCUUUAUGGAUGGUCAGACUCGGGAUGCGUCACCUCCGACCUUUUCAAGAAGUGGUUCCUCCGACACUUCCUUGCGUACGCGCCCAAGGAGCGUCCGCUGCUGCUCAUUUUCGACGGACACAAGUCGCCCGUGAACCUGGAGGUGGUGGAGGCAGCUCGAAAGGAAGACGUCCUCCUUCUGUGCCUGCCGCCUCAUUGCUUGCACAACCUGCAGCCCCUCGAUACCGGCCUGUGUUCACUCGUCAAGCAGCGUUUUUCAGCGCUCUUAGGUGACUCGAAUGCCGCCAACGCUACUCUCUUUGCAGUCACCAAGAAGGACUUUACGGGUGUGUUCAAGGAGGCUUAUCGGGUGGUUGAAGAGGAUGAGGGGGUCAAGAUAGUCAAGGAAAGUUUUAAGAAAUGUGGCAUUUACCCUGUGAGCCACUUUGCGGCGAAUGAAGCCUGUUUAUUGUCACCACACAGCGUGGACCCUACAGAGGGAGCAGCAUCAGGGCAGCAUGUUGUCCGAGGUCUCCAUGCUCCUGGAUCCUCUCCCUAAUUUAACAAUCUCUGUAUUCCAGCAUUCACACAUUAAUAUUCUAAAUAUUAUUCUGCCAUAUUUUUGUCUGCCUUCUUCUCCCACAUUUUUCAUCUGAUUAAAAAUAUUCCUCUUUGAAAACACUUAUGGCGAUGCCCCUGGUAGACAGAAAAGCUUAAAUUGAUAUUAUAAGCGGUGAAUUAUUAUUACAGUAAUACCUCAUUACCUUUUUCUAUGAGAAAUCAUGUAAAUUCAAUAAAUCUGUUCCAAAUCACAUCUUAUGGAGAAUAAUUAUAGUUUUACAUACAGAAAACAAUGCAAAAUGUGUAUGACUGGCAACUAAAAUUAACAUUUGACUUAACUUUUACCGUUAUUAAAGGCUCAUGUUAGCAAAGACAGAGCGGGAGGAGGGCAGGGGGGAGCAGCAUAAAUGCACCUGCAUACUUUGUUACAACUUUUUCUGUUUUGAAUUCAACAGUGUUCCUCACCUUCUUUAUCAAAGUGCUGCACUCGCAACAUUCUUUUGCCCCAUCCGAUUUUUUUGAGGGGGGGACAAUCGAUUCUGCAGAAUGAUACACGGGUAAACCGACUAGUUUAUUAGACCCAACGUUUGGCUAACAGGACUGCAUACACUGUAAUUCUGCAUUGUAACAUUGUAACCGUAAUUAACUGUAAAAACAACUUAUCUGAUGUUACAGCACAUACUUGUAACUUUAUUAUAAUUAACUAUAAUUUAUAAUUUUGAAAUUACAGCAUAUGCUUGUAAUGUUAUAGUAAUUAACUAAGAUCUCAUUGCAGUUACAGUAAAUAACUGUAGAUUUGGUCCACAGUAAAUUACUAUACAUUUUACUGUGAAAGUAAUGCAAUUAUUAGCCAGUAAUUUGCUGUGAAUUUACAAUGAAUAUUUUUUGUGUUCGAAAACCGGGGCAAACUGCACUGUGCUGUACAAAACCACAGAGAGAACUAUUUACUUGUGUGCGGAAAAAGAAUAUGUAUAGUUGUGGGGAAAUGGCAGACAACUUUGAUUUGGUUGUUAUUAGUUCACUUUUUGCCCUUCAUCACAUAAUGUCUCCCAAGGGUAAAGCUCUUCUGAUGGCAGUGCGACAAAGAAAAACCAUCAUGCAUGGUGGUGAAAUAGAACAUUGUAAAAAGGUCAGAAAUGGGAGAAAUGCUGAUGAACAUUGGUCACAAGUUUGGUCUAAACUAGGGCUAUUUACUCAGUUCAAAACGUGGGAGACUUUUUUUUUUUGCAGCACAUUUCUUAAAACACUUUAACGCUUCUGUUGGAUAGAGAACAUGGAACAGUGUAAGCACAUUGGUAUAUCCUAGCAUUGACAUUUUUACCAUCUGUAGGCCUGUAGUGGGCACUUGCAUUUUACAUAACAAGGAUAUUUUGUCCUGAAAUUUGUAACUCGGAUAAAAUAAAUAGCCCAAAGACAAAUGUUCACUACAGAAAAUGUUGGUUCUGAUAAUAGUAAAGGGAUAAAUCUGGUAACCCGGUCUGUAGCUUUCUGCAAAUGUGGCUCCUACAACAAUUCAGUUGAAUAGCUCUGGUCUAAGCUGUUUGUGGCCAUCAUCA